CAACAUCGCCUGAGGGCCUCUCGUUGGCUUUUAAAACAAAUUGGAUUUCCCUGUUGAGACCACUGAUGGAACAGCUCACCACAGGCGGCCCAUCUAACUGUAUACUGCAGUGUCUUUCAUUGAAAGGGACUCAAAAGCCAGAAUGGAGUUUCACUACGCCUCAGAGACGAAUGGAAAUGUGGCCAUGGUUACUAAGUUGAGCAAGUGCAUUGAGUCUAAACAUAGUGAUUCAUGCAAAGAGGAGAAAGACUCAGAGGAAGCUGCUGAUUCGACCAACUUGUUUUUCAUAGAGAAAGCUUACCGCACCAUACUGAGCGAGCUUGGAGAGAACGCUGAGCGGGAUGGGCUUUUACGCACACCAUUACGCGCAGCCAAAGCCAUGCAGUUCUUUACAAAAGGCUACCAGGAGACGACCCAAGCUAUCUUGAACGAUGCAAUCUUCAAUGAAAACCAUGAUGAGGUGGUGGUUGUCAAGGACAUCGAUUUAUUCUCUCUUUGUGAACAUCAUCUGGUGCCAUUCUUUGGCAAGGCUCACAUAGCAUACCUCCCAAACAAGAAAGUGGUUGGUCUGAGCAAGCUUGCAAGAAUUGUUGAGAUCUUCAGCAGGAGGCUUCAAGUUCAGGAGCGUCUAACCAAACAGAUAGCAACAGCCAUCAGUGAGGCGUUGGAGCCUGCUGGAGUGGCAGUGGUGAUUGAAGCUGCUCACAUGUGCAUGGUGAUGAGAGGUGUGCAGAAGAUGAACGCCAAGACUGUAACAAAUGUCAUGCUGGGUACGUUCCAAAAAGAUCCCAAGACCCGGGAGGAGUUUCUGUCUCUGACACUGGGGAAAUGAGAAGUUUUGAUCUCAGCAUGCAGCUCUACAGAGGGAAAUGUCCACUUUUUUAAAAUAACAACCACCCAGCCCAUUGCGUUGUAUGGUAGUGAAGUAUGGGUUCCACUCAGUCAUCAUAGCUAUACCCGUUGGGACAAACAUCCAACAGAAUCUUUAAAUGCAGAAUU